UUCAACAAAUUGGAAAGAGGUAAACUCCUGUUGGCCCUGUGUUAUAAUACAACCCGCCUAUCUGCCGCUGUCGUAAUUUCCUCUUAUCUCCCCCGCAAACCGCUGCUCGUCUUCCCGCUUCUGCGCACCUUGACCCGGCCUAAGCCUCCUGUUUUACCCCUACACGAUUAGCCCCCCGAAUACCACAGCAUGUCGGAGUACAACGCGGCGCCGCAACCGGGUGCCGGUGCAGCCCUAGGAGCGGGUGGACUCAAGAAAGAUGCCUUUGCGGACGCGGUUCAGCGAGCCCGGCAGAUUGCAGCCAAGAUUGGUGGAGAUGCCGGCCCCCCCAUGAAUAACAAUGGAGGAGGCGAGAGCUACCCCUUCGCUGCGCAGAAACGCUCUCUGGAAGACGCAGGUACAGAUAGUGACGGGCCUGAUCACUUCUACCAACACUCGCACUUAUCAACAGAUCAGCCAGAGAGUAAGAAGAUGGCCACCCAGAGCCAGAGCGACAGAGAUGCUAGUGCCCUCUGCGAGUGGGCCUCACAAGCACCCAUCAGUGCACAGUUGGCAGCCCUGUCCCAGCAGAGCAACGUUACUCGACCCUCACAAGUAUCGGAGGACUACAAAGUGCCUGACGGAAUGGUCGGACUGAUCAUUGGUCGAGGAGGAGAACAGAUCAAUAAGAUCCAGCAGGAUUCCGGCUGCAAGGUUCAGAUCGCCCCGGACAGCGGAGGCCUCCCCGACCGCUGUGUCUCCAUCACCGGAUCUCCUGAGUGCAUUCUUAUGCCUCCCAUGGUCGUGGAGAACAUGGUGGACAAUAAAGCUAAGAUGCUAUUGGACGAGAUCGUGUCUCGAGGCCGCGGGACCCCGCCCACUGCCUUCCAUGAGAACGGAGGACAAGGUGGACAAGGAGGAGGAGGACCGGGAGGACAAGGAGGCCCCGGAGGACAGGGUCACAUGCAGGAGAUGAUCAUCCCUGCGGGCAAAGCCGGCCUCAUCAUCGGCAAGGGAGGAGAGACCAUCAAACAGCUGCAGGAGCGUGCCGGUGUGAAGAUGAUCCUGAUCCAGGACGCUUCUCAGGGGCCCAACAUGGACAAGCCGCUGCGCAUCAUCGGCGACCCCUACAAAGUGCAGCAAGCUCGUGAGAUGGUGCAGGAGAUCCUGAGGGAGAGGGAUCACCCCGGCUUUGAGAACCGCGGCGAGUUCGGCGGUGGCGGCGGCGGAGGCGGCGGCUCUCGUAUGGGAGGGGGCGUGGAGAUUCCAGUUCCGCGCCACUCUGUGGGAGUCGUGAUUGGCCGAAGCGGAGAAAUGAUCAAGAAGAUCCAGAACGACGCUGGGGUCAGGAUCCAGUUUAAACCAGACGAUGGCAGCGGUCCUGAUAAGAUCGCCCACAUCAUGGGUCCCCCUGACCGCUGUGAGCACGCCGCCAGCAUCAUCACCGACCUGCUGCAGAGCAUCCGCGCCCGCGAGGAGGGAGGAGGGCCGGGAGACAGCAGGGGCUUUGAGGGACCUCCUGGCCCUCCCGGGACCGGCGGCAUGCCCCCUGGUGGCGGGCGUGGGCGUGGACGCGGGCCCGGCGGCUGGGGCGGCCCCCCCGGCGGCGAGAUGACCUUCUCCAUCCCCGCCCACAAGUGCGGCCUGGUGAUCGGCCGCGGCGGCGAGAACGUGAAGGCCAUCAACCAGCAGACGGGCGCCUUCGUGGAGAUCUCUCGCCAGCCGCCGCCCAACGGAGACCCCAACUUCAAGCUGUUCGUCAUCCGCGGGUCGCCACAGCAGAUCGACCACGCCAAGCAGCUCAUCGAGGAUAAGAUCGAGGGUCCUCUGUGUCCUGUCGGUCCUGGUCCUGGUGGUCCGGGCCCCGCAGGUCCAAUGGGCCCCUACAACCCUAACCCCUACCAGCCCGGCCCUCCAGGAGGACCCCCACAUGGAGGGCCUCCAGGGGGACCCCAGUACGCCCCUCAAGGGUGGGGUAACACCUACCAGCCAUGGCAGCCUCCCGCCCCCCAUGAUCCCAGCAAAGCAGCCGCUGACCACAGUGCAGCCUGGGCUGCCUACUACGCGCAGUACUACCAGCAGCCACAGGGGGGCGCCAUGCCGGGUCAGAACCCGGGCGCCCCAGCGGCCGCCCCCGCCCCCACAGAGCAGAACCAGCAGGCCCAGGCAGCCGGUGGCCAGCCAGACUACACCAAGGCCUGGGAGGAGUACUACAAGAAGAUGGGUACGGAGACGGCUCAGGCAGGUACUCCGGUUGCCCCGGCAGCGGCGGCAGCAGCAGCAGCAGCGGCCCCAGCAGCCACCGGAGCGGCGGGUCAGACCGACUACAGCGCCGCCUGGGCCGAGUACUACAGACAGCAGGCCGCUUACUACGGCCAGACCGGCCAGAGCCAACCGGCCGCACCACAACAAGGACAACAGGCGCAGUGAGGCUGACCCUCAGUAUCUGGAUCCCCUCUUCUCCACCCCCCAGUGAUCACCAUCCUCUUCCCACCCCCCAGUGAUCACCAUCCUCCCCCUCAGUGAUCACC